CCUGACAACACUCACUACAUUUAGUACGUUUCAGUAAAAUUGGUACGUAAAAUUUCUCAACGAAAAAUAAUGAAGGUGCUUUUAUUCUUGUCAUUCGUGGCAAUAUUUGAUCAGUUUACGUUGAUAAGAUGUGUUAAAAUCGCAGCUGAUAGUCCAGCCUUUACAACAUUAUUGGAUAAAUUGAUACCAAAACUAAAGAUAGUCGACGCGUCCAAAGAUUGGGAUCAAGCAUUGAAACCACUCUUCAAACUUUCUAGUCAUAUUAUAAACGAUGGUUCAAAUGAUUCAUUUUACUGGGUAAACGGUGAUCCAAAUGCCAACGUCUUUUUCAAUCGUACAAAAAUAUUGGCUCACAUCCCCAGUACCAGUCCCUAUCAAACAUUUCGCUCCGUGUUGAGCGAUUAUAUCAGAGAUCUUAACAUAAAUCAUAGAUCGGUUUGCCAGCGUCAUAUUUUUAUUUUCAAUACAUUUCUAAAUGAACCAAAAGCCAACGAUACAGACGGUUACUUAAAAGCGUUAAACAAAUUUAGCAAUACCAAAUCAAUCAAACCAAAACACCUUCAAACAAUUUAUGAAGCAUUACCCGGUAUGAGUCAGAGCCAUAAUACCGCAUUCAAUGAAUUGAAGGAGAAAAUAGCAUCCGUAAUGGCAAUCAGGAAGGAUUAUUUGGCUGCCGAAAAUGCACUCUACGCAACAGUUACAGGCAAAUUCAUUGGAAAGUUUAAAACCGAAGAAUAUGAGCCGGAGAGAGUCGAUGUAUUACUUUCGGCAAUUAAUGAAGUAAAACAAAAGUUCAAGACAUUGAACAAACCGCUUCAGGAAGCUGUUGAUAUUUUGGAGGUUUAUAUUUUGAAUAGAAUGAAAUGGUCGGAAGUGUUGAUGGAUGUUAAAUUUUUUAAUCGACCGAAAAAAACAUUUUUUGAAAAAUUUUGUUUUCUUUUACCAAAGAUGCCAUGAAAAAACAUCAGCUACAAAUAUUGACGGGUAUUUUUUUUAAACAUGUGUUUUGUGAAGAUUAUUGCCACUCAAUUGCUCUGUGAAAAAAUAUCAUGACUCAUGACUCAUGUUUAUUGACAAAAUAAAAUAAUAAAAUGUCUUACAUCCGUAAGAUGAACUUUUCCGCACUGUGA